GGGGGAGUAGUCGCGGAGGAUAGGAGUUUUGCUGCUGAUAGAGAGGGGAAGAAGCGAGAUGCUGGACGAGCCCUGGAUCCGGACGGUGCAGAGGCUCUUCUACCCCAUCAUGUGUGUGUUUGGGAUGCCAGCCAGCCUGGUGACCAUGGCCGUACUGUGGAAGGGAAACCUGGACAUGUCCAAAUCCAUUGUCUACUAUUUGGUGGCCUUAGCUGUGGCUAAUUUCCUACUCAUCCUUGUGGUGACUGUCUUCCGGGAUAUCUUCUACUUCUAUGUGGACAUCACCCUUUGGUGGCCUGAGCCCUCCUGUGGUGUCAGUAAUUGGAUCUACUUCACUUGUGUGUACUCCCUCACGUGGCUCACUGUGGCCUUCUCUGUUGACCGUUAUAUCAUCAUAUGUUGUAUGAAGCUAAAGCUCAGGUUCUGUAAGCCCUCAGUUACUCGGUGGGUCAUCCUUUUUGUAUGUGUAUGUGCAUUCUUUGUGGCCAUGCCGACCUUCUGGAUGUAUGUACCAGUCCGGACCACCACACCAGAUGGGGCUCUCUUUCACAUUUGUUCUUUAAAUCGCAACCUGAGUUCGAUACCCUUCUUGUCGGUCUAUGACCACAUCCAGACCACCGUUUGGAUAGUCUUUCCACUUGUAUCGUUACUGCUAACCAAUGGCUUGACUGUCUGGCACAUCAAUAUGGCCACCAGACUUCGACAAGGCCUCAAGGGGUCAUCCACUGGAAAGCAGUCAGAAGAUCAGGAGGUGGCAAGGAGGAGAAAGUCUGUGACUCUCCUUGCAAUGAUUUCUAUUUCAUUUCUGGUCCACUGGCUGCCUAAAAUGGUUGUCAAAAUUUUGGAACGGUUCACGUAUCCACCGGUAAACCGCUAUGACUUCUACCAUCCUGUCAACGUGGUGAGGAUGGUGUGUAACAUGCUGAUUGUCUUCAGCUCGUUCAGUAAUGUCUGUAUCUACUCCCUCACCAUCACUAAAUUCAGGGAGGAACUGUUCAAAGGAGUCAAGUUUAUCCUCAGAUUCCUCUGCCUCCAUUCUCCCUCAACCUUCUCUGCAUCCAAACCUACAGAAAUAUUCACAGUCCAAGAUACUACGCAGCUGACAUCCGCCAUGGAACACCAGUGA